AUGUUCCAGUGUGCAACUAGUGCACAGCGACGCCAUACGUUGAUGAGGAGCUAUAAACGAUAUGCCAUAACACUGCUCUGAGAAUAAAAUGUUUCCCCUCAAGGAUGCUCAGCUCGGCGCUUUCACGUUUUUUGCAUCUGCACUUCCACAUGAUGUGUGUGGUAGUAAUGGGCUUCCACUCACCCCAAACUCUGUCAGAAUUCUAGGACGAUUCCAGAUCCUGAAGGCCAUCUCUCAUCCCAGGCUCUGCCAGUACGUGGAUAUAUUACGUGGCAAGCACGAAAGACUGGUCGUUGUUACUGAGCAUUAUGAGAGAAGUCUGGAAGAACUAUUAAAGGAGAGAGAGGUAACAAGCCCUGGAAGGGUUUUGCAAAUAGCUUUUGAAGUGUUGGAAGGACUGGAAUAUAUGAACAGAUAUGGAAUGGUUCAUCGAGCACUUGCACCGCACAACAUUCUUCUGGACAGUGAGGGUCACAUUAAGCUUGGCAAGUUUGGUCUAUAUCACAUGACUGGAUACAACACUGAUGUUGACUUCCCUAUUGGGUAUCCUUCCUACUUGGCGCCUGAAGUUAUCGCUCAAGGACUGCCGAAGCCCUGUGAUCACACAAAAAGUGAGAGUUCAUUACGCUCAGGUCCCAAAGUCGAUGUGUGGUCUCUUGGUGUGAUGCUCCUUGAACUUUGUGUGGGCCAUAAACUAUUCCAGAACGUGGAUAUAUCCGAAAGGCUAAAAUUUAUCUUAAAUCUAGAUUGUGUGGACGACAUCGUGACUGUUAUAGCUGAAACGCAUGGUUGCUUCAAUAUAACCACGGAUUUACCCAAAGAUGUUCUAACACUACUGAGAAAAUGUCUAACCUAUCAUCCAUCCAAAAGGCCUACUCCAGCUGAACUGUUGAAAGAUAGUUUAUUCAGUGAAGUUUCUGCCUUGUACACACCCUUCCGCAAACCUGAUGGCCUCUUUUCCUCUUCUCUACGUUGUGCUGAUCUGAUCAUCCCUGAUAACUUGGAAGCUUUCUGUAAAGAAGAAGAAUAUCUAUCGGAAAGAACUAUUAAUGAAGUCUAUUAUCUGUGGUGUUUGGCUGGAGGCGACUUGGAAAAGGAACUCGCAAGCAAAGGAAUCAUUCGUUCUAAGCCACCAAUUUGCACAUUGUCAAAUUUCAUCUUAGAAGAUGGAGAAAGCUUUGGACAAGUAAGAGACAGAAGUUUCCUGCUUGAUGACACUACAUUGAUGUUGUCAUUAUGUCAACUUAAGAAUAGAUUGAAAGAUGUUGCUGGGGAAGCAUUUUAUCCAUUGCUGGAAGAUGAGCAGUCAACUAUAUCACCUUCCAACAGCAACCAAGACCUAUCUGCUGCAGUUUCACUGCCUCUCAUUAUACGAGAGAAAGAUACGGAGUACCAGCUACACCGAAUUAUACUCUUUGACAGGCUUCUAAAGGCUUACCCAUACAAAAAGAAUCAAAUUUGGAAAGAAGCAAGAGUGGACAUUCCUCCAUUAGUUAGAGGUUUGACCUGGGCUGCACUACUUGGAGUAGAGGGAGACAUUCAAGCAAAAUACGAUGCGAUUGAUAAAGAUACUCCAAUUCCAACUGAUAGACAGAUUGAGGUGGAUAUUCCACGGUGUCAUCAGUACGAUGAGCUGCUGUCAUCGCCAGAGGGUCAUGGAAAAUUCAGGCGUGUUUUAAAGGCCUGGGUAGUCUCUCAUCAGGAUCUGGUAUACUGGCAAGGUUUAGACUCGCUGUGUGCACCAUUCUUGUAUCUGAAUUUCAAUAAUGAAGCCUUGGCCUAUGCUUGCAUGUCUUCUUUUAUUCCCAAAUACUUGUACAACUUCUUCCUGAAAGACAAUUCUCAUGUUAUCCAAGAGUAUCUGACGGUAUUUUCCCAGAUGAUUGCUUUCCAUGACCCAGAGUUGAGUAACCAUCUUAAUGAGAUUGGUUUCAUUCCAGAUCUUUAUGCAAUUCCCUGGUUUCUCACAAUGUUUACACAUGUGUUUCCUUUGCACAAGAUCUUUCAUCUUUGGGACACGUUACUCCUUGGCAACUCUUCAUUCCCAUUUUGUAUAGGGGUGGCCAUUCUGCAGCAGUUACGAGACAGGCUACUGGCCAAUGGAUUCAAUGAAUGCAUUUUACUGUUUUCAGACCUGCCAGAAAUCGACAUUGAGCGUUGUGUGCGAGAGUCUAUCAAUCUUUUCUGUUGGACACCCAAGAGUGCUACAUAUAGGCAGCAUGCCCAGCCACCCAAGCCUGGACCUGAUGGCAAUGGUAUCCACCGGCAAUCAUCCUACUAUUCUGCAGACUAUCAAGAUGUGCCUAAGACUGAUCUAUCACGUGAACCUAUUAGGUUAGCUGAACUCAAGGCCGAAAUGUCACCACGGAUAUCUGCAGAGGACCUAAUUGACCUGUGUGAGUUGUCCGGACCGACAAACUCCAAGAUGCCCACUAAAAAGACAAAAUCGGGAAAGCCAAAACUGCUCGUGGUGGACAUUCGCAACGUUGAGGAAUUUACUCGUGGUCAUAUCAAUGGCAGCAUAAACAUUCCAUACAGUUCUGCCUUUGGCCCAGAUGGUGAGCUGAUACAGUGUGCCUCUACUAGCUUGCUGCAGAGUUUCAAGGGACGUGUCAUUGUCAUUAUAGGAAACAUCGUCAAGAACACAAGCAAUUUUGCAGCUCAUUUAGUGAAGCUAACUUAUCCUCGAGUCUGCAUCUUGGAUGGAGGCAUCAACAAGAUGAAACUGACAGGAUUACUGAUUGUGCCUUCACCCCAAAUCUGAACCGUUCGGACCCACAGCACCAGGGACAAGUGCAAGAACUCGGAGCUGGCUGAGGGAGUGGUAAUGCCUGCGUCCAAGGGCCGUACCCUGGAACCAGUGACUGAAAUCCUUGUCUAAUCUUGUCUUAAUCCUUAAUCAUGUGUGAUCAAGAACCUACAGUUUACUGCUGAUGACAACAUUGGUAAAACUCCAUGGAGCAGUGUUAUCCAAUGCAUAACACUGAUACAGUAGAGAUUUAUAUCUGAAUGUUAUUUAGCGAGGAGACCACUGAUGAAUCAUGUUUUUCAGUACUUUCAGAAAUGUAAAGUUUGUUGAUUGUGACCUGUGAUUUUAACUGCAUGUUGUAGCACAAUCUUUAUUUAAGUACUAAGCACAAAACUAAGCCAUUAUUGCAGGUUUUUUUCAGUAAUUUUAAAGUGCAUCUGAAACAGUAUAUAUGACAGGGAUGAAACUGUUCAACAGGGUAGUUACCAUGUUAGUGAAACCCAAAAGAUGGAUUUAAAUGGGCAGCACCUUUCAAAGGAACUAGAAAAUAACUACCAAAGCACUGAUAAUAAAAAUGUACUGCAUAAUCCUGAGUGGCAAUUGAGCACUGAGGGCAUGUUCAUACGAGUUCGUAAAAAAAUUGCUUUGGAGAACUUUGUCCCCACCCUCCACUGAUCUUUUGUAUCUAAUUUUGAGUUGAGUCUGUAUGCCUGUGGUGACUAUUGCUACUAUUUGAUCUGGAUGAAGGAUCUUCAACUAUCCAUUUAGACCAUAAGACCAUAAGAUAAGAGGAGCAGAAUUAAGCCAUUUAACCCAUUGAGUCUGCUCUACCAUUUCAUCACAGCUGGUCCAUUUUCCAUUUCAGCUCCCGAACUCCUGCCUUCUCCCCAUAUACAUUCUUGCCCUGACUAAUCAAGAAUGUAUCAACAUCUGCCUUAAAUAUACUAAAAGAAUUAGCCUCCACAGCCACCUGUGGCAACGAAUUCCACAGAUUCACCACUGUCUGGCUAACGAAAUUCCUCCUCAUCUCUGUUUUAAAAAGAUGCCCCUCUCAUAUGAGGCUGUGUCCUCUGGUGUUAGAUUCUCUCAUCAUGGGGAACAUCCUGUCCACAUCCACUCUAAUCAAAGCCUAUCAACAUUCGAUAAUUUUCAAUUAGGUCAUCCCUCAUUCUUCUGAAGUCCAGUGAGUACAGGCUGAGAGCAUUCAAACAUUCUUGAUAUGACAAGCCAUUCAAUCCCAGAAUCAUUUUUGUGAACCCUCUCCAAUGUCAGCACAUCCUUUUUUAGAUAAGGGGCACAAAACUGCUCACAAUAUUGCAAGUGAGGCCUCACCAGUGCUUUAUAAAGCCUCAACAUUACAUCCUUGCUUUUAUAUUCUAGUCCUCUUAAAAUGAAUGCUAACAUUGUAUUUGCCUUCCUCAAUUGCAAAUUCCUCAGAUUUUUAAAUGUUCUCUCUAUUUAGAAAAUAGUCUACCCUUUAAUUUUUUCUACCGAAGUGCAUGACCAUACACUUCUUGACUUCUUUGCUCAGUCUCCUAAUCUGGUCUCCUGUUGCACCUCAACUUCCUCAAUACUACCUGCUCUUCCAACUAUCUUCAUAUUGUCCACAAUCUUUGCAACAAAGCCAUCAAUUCUGUCAUCCAUAUCAUUGAGAUACUGUGUAACGUAAAAAGAAUCGGUCCCAAUGCAGACCCCUGUGGAACACCACUAGUCACCAGCAGCCAACCAGAAGAGGCUCCCUUUAUUCCCACUGCUUUAUCCAUGCUAGUAUGUUUCCUGUAAUAUCAUGGGCUCGUAAUUUGUUGAGCAGACUCAUGUAUAGCACCUUGUCAAAGUCCUUCUGAAAAUCCACCGAUUAUGCAACAUUCACCGAUUCUCCUUUGCCUAUCCUCCUUGUUACUUCUUCAAAGAAUUCCAACAGAUCUGUUGGGCAAGAUUUUCCCUUGUCAGAACCAUGCUGACUGCAGCCUAUUUUGUCAUGUGCCUCCAAGUCCCCCAAAACCACAUCCUUAACAAUUUACUCCAACAUCUUCCCAACCACCGAGCUCAGACUAACUGCCUAUAAUUUCCUUUCUUUUGCCUCUUUCUCUUCUUGAAGAGUGGAGUGACAUUUGCAAUUUUUCAGUCUGCCGGAACCAUUCCAGAAUCUAGUGAUUCUUGAAAGAUCAUUACUAAUGCCUCCACAAUCUCUUCAGCCUAGGGUCUACACCAUUCAGUCCAGGUGACUUAUCUACCUUCAGACCUUUCAGUUUCCCAAGAUCCUUCUCCCUAUUAAUGGCAACUUCACACGCUUCUGAUCCCUGACACCCUAAAUCUUCCAUCAUACUGAUGAUAUCUUGCACAGUGAAUACUGAUACAAAAUAUUUACUCAUUUCAUCCACUGUUUACUUCUCUACCAUUACUACCUCUCCAGUAUCAUUUUCCAGUGGUCCAAUCUCCUCUCUCACCUCUCUUUUACACUUUAUUUAUCCGAAAAAACUUAUGGUAUCCUCUUUAAUUUUACUGUACCGGCUAGCUUACUUUUGUAUUCCAUCUUUACCUUCUUAAUGACUUUUUACUUGCCUUCUGUUGGCUUUUAAAAACUUCCCAAUCCUCUAACUUCCCAUCAAUCUUUGGUCUAUUAUAUGCACUCUCUUUGGUGCUUAUCUUGUCUUUGACUUCUGUUGUUAGUCAUGGUGGUGUUAUCUUUCCUUUAGAAUACUUCUUCCUCUUGGGAUGUAUAUGUCCUGCACCUUCUGAAUUGCUUCCAGAAAUUCCAGCCAUUGCUGCUCUGCUGUCAUCCCUGCCAAUGUUCUUUUCCAAUCAAUUUUAGCCAGCUCCUCUCUCAUGCCCCUGUAAUUUCCUUUUUCUCUAUUGUAAUAUUGAUAGAUCUAACUUUAGCUUCUCCUUCUCAAAUUUCAGGGUGAAUUUGAUCAUAUUAUGAUCACUUGUGUGUUGGCACGUGGCCAAGAGGUUAAGGCUUUGGUCUAGUAAUCUGAAGGUUGCUAGUUUGAGCCUCAGCUGAGGCAGCGUGUUGUGUCCUUGAGCAAGGCACUUAACCACACGUUGCUCUGCAACAACACCGGUGCCAAGCUGUAUCGGCCCUAGUGCCCGUCCCUUGGACAACAUCAGUGGCGUGGAGGGGGGAGACUUGCAGCAUGGGCAACUGCCGGCCUUCCAUACAACCUUUCCCAGGCCUGCACCCUGGAAACCUUCCAAGGCGCAAAUCCGUGGUCUCACAAGACUAAAGGAUGCCUAUUAUGAUCACUUUCCCUAAAGGGUCCCUUUACCAUAAGCUCACUAAUCAAUUCCAGUUCAUUGCACAACACCCAAUCCAGAAUGGUUGAUCUCCUAGUGGGCUCAACCACGAGCUAAUCUAAAAAGCCCCCUUGUAGGCUUUUGAGAAAUUCUCCCUCUUGGUACCCAGCACCAUCCUGAUAUUCCCAAUCUACCUGCAGAUUGAAAUUCCCCAUGACUAUUGUAACAUUGCCCUUUUGUCAUGCAUUUUCUAUCUUCCAUUGUAAUUUGUGGACCACUUCCUUACUAUUGUUUGCGGAUCUGUAUACAACUCCCAUCAGAGUAUUUUUACCCUUGCAGUUCCUUAGCUGUACCCACAAAUAGACCAUAAGAUAUGGAGCAGAAUUAGGCCAUCUAGCCCAUCGAGUCUGCUCCACCAUUCAAUCAUAGCUGAUCCUUUUUUUCUCCUCCUCAACACCAGUUCCCAGCCUUCUUCCCAUAACCUUUAAUGUCUUGACCAAUCAAGAACCUAUCAAUCUCUGUCUUAAAUACACCCAGUGACAUGGCCUCCACAGCUGCAUGUAGCAACAAAUUCACCACCCUUUGGCUAAAGAAAUUUCUCCACAUCUCUGUUUUGAAAGGGUAGCCCUCUAUCCUUUUGUCCAAGACUUUCCCACCAUGGGAAACAUCAUUUCCACAUCUACUCUGUCAAGUCUUUCAACAUUCAAAAGGUUUCAAUGAGAUCCCUCUCAUCUUUCUGAAUUUGAACGAGUACAGUCCCAGAGCCAUCAAACAUUCCUCGUAUGAUAACCCUUUCAUUCCUGGAAUCAUCCUUGUGAACCUCCUCUGGACCCUCUCUAAUGCCAACACAUCUUUUCUAAGAUGAGGGGCCCAAAACUGUAUACAAUACUCAAGGUGAGGCCUCACCAGUGCCUUAUAAAGCCUCAGCAUCACAUCCUUGCUCUUGUACUCUAGACCUCUUGAAAUUAAUGGUAACAUGGCAUUUGCCUUCCUCACCACCAACUCAACCUGCAAGUUAACCUUUAGGGUGUUCUGCACAAGUCCCUCUGCAUCUCAGAUUCCUGGAUUUUCUCUCUGUUUAGAAAAUAGUCCACAUAUUUAUUUCUACUACCAAAGUGCAUGACCAUGCUCUUUCCAACAUUGCAUUUCAUUUGCCACUUUCUUGCCCAUUCUCCUAAUAUGUCUAAGUCCUUCUGUAUCCUACCCAUUUCCUCAAAACUACCUGCCCCUUCACCAAUCUUCAUAUCAUCUGCAAACUUGGCAACAAAGCCAUCUAUUCCAUCAUCUAAAUCAUUUAUAUACAGCAUAAAAAGAAGUGGUCCCAACACUGACCCCUGCGGAACACCACCAGUCAUUAGCAGCCAACCAGAAAAGGAUACUUUUAUUUCCACUCACUGCCUCCAGCCAAUCAGCCAAUGGUCUAACCAUGUCAGUAAUACCAUGGGUUCUUAACUUGGUUAGGAGUCUCAUGUGUGGCACCUUGUCAAAGGCUUUCUGAAAGUCCAAAUAUACAAUCAAUUCAACACCUUCCAACCCUUGUCACCUUCUUCUAAUGCUUUGGUUUAAUUUCUUACCCACAGAGCUACCCCUUCGCUUCUGCCUUCCUACCUAUCCUUUCGAUGCAAUGUGUAUCCCUGGAUGUUAAGUUCCCAACUAUAAUCUUCUUUUAGCCAUAAUUUAGUAAUGCGCACAACAUCAUACAUGCCAAUCUGUAACUGUGCUACUCGUUCUUCUACUUUAUUCCAUAAACAGCACACAUUCAACUAUACCAACUUAUGUGCCGGAUUCACCCUCUUCAAUUUUGUCAUCCUGUUGACUGCAAUUUUGCCCAAUUAUCAGCCUCUCCUUGCUAGUAGUCUUAGUACACACUGCCUGUGUUUGUAACUAACUGCUCCAUCCUGAGCCCUAUCACUCCAGUUCCCAUCUCCCUGCCAAAUUAGUUUAAACACUGUCAAACUACUCCAGCAAACCUGCCCGCGAGGAUAUCGGUCCCCAUCGGGCUGUAACCCGUCCUUUUUGUACCUUUCCCAGAAAAGAUGCCGAUAAAACAUUAAUCCGAACCCCUGCCCCCUGCACCCUGCACCAGUUCCUCAGCCAGACAUUCACUUGCUAAAUCAUGCUAUUGUUCCCCUAACUGGGCAGCAAUCCAGAGGUUACUACUCUGGGGGUCCUGUUUUUCAGCUUUCUAUCUCGCUCCCUAAAAUCUCUCUUCAGAACCUUGUCUACCUAUUUCAUUAAUGUCAUUGCUUCUCAUGGAUGCUACCUGACCUCCUGAUCUCCUACAACACCUUGUGUGUUGGUGAAAAAGAGCUAGUUGUGUGGAGUUGGAGAAUUCAACACUGAGUCCGGCAGGCUGCAACACGCCCAGAUGAAAGGUAAGGUGAUGUUGCUUGUAACAGUGCAGGAGGCUAGAGAUGGAGAGUUCAGAGUAGAGAAUUGAAGGGUAGCCAAUGAGAAGCUCAGGGUCACCCCUCAAGACUGAGUGCAGGUGCUCUGCAAAGCAAUCACCCAAUCUACUGUUGAAUUACAAUGUAGAGGAGGAUGCCACAUUUCUGAAGAAAUGAAGGUUCUUCACCUGGAAUGAUAACUUAAAUCCGGUAUCAGUCUCUCCUAAAGUUUGUCAUGCAUUGUGCAGACCAAAAUUUAAUAAAAACAAAGCGUGUUAAAGGACUUUCCAUUCUGAAAUUUCAGCACAUUCAUUAGCAAUGACUAGGUUUCUCAUAUCCUAGUUUAAUAUAAGGAAGAGCAUGUUGAAGAGUCAAGCUCAUCAUCCACGAAGGUACCAGGUAAGCUAGGCUGUCAGAGAAAAAAGUAAAUAAACAUACAGUCACAAUAAUCAAAGUUAGUGAGUGUGUAAGUGGAAUAAACUGUUGGCCAACAAGUUUUAUUGUCUAGCCCUUGGUGAAGAAUUUGAAUUCCACUGUGGAAACUGCAAAUCUAACUGAGCCAGUGACAAGAGAUGAUGGUGACUUCUAAUUCUGAACCUUUGUAAAGGAAAAGGAUAUUGUCUGAAAUCAGCUUUUCUAAUACUAUCUUAAAAUCAUUGUGGAUUACUGCCUCAGUUGCAAUGCUAUGAGGUAAAUGGAAAGGAUGAGAAUAUGAAUGUUCGAGCUUUCGCCCUGCAUGAGCAGAGUUUUGUUCUUUAGAGCCUGCUUCUGAGCUGCUAGUUUUGUCCAACCUAUGGAUUAAACUGUUUCUGGUCACGUUUUAUAAAGUUUCUCAGAGCAACAGUCUGGGAUUUUACCUUGUGGCCUUGUAGUUACUGCACGCUCUAAUCGCCUAUGAACAAUAGAAGCAUUGUGAAGACUUUCUCCUUCCAUAAUUCUGUUAACUGUUAACACAACUUAACUUGUUGUCGAGCACAGGAAGGAUUACCGUGUUUGCUGGAGGAGUGAAAGAAGUUAGAAUUUCAGAUUGCAGCUGUAGUUUUGAAGAGUCGGGGCUUUACUGUUGGAAUUUUCCACUGUGCAAUCUUGUUACGGUUUCUGUGUGUUUUUAACUGAUUAAAGUUUAAUCUCCAUAGAGAUUCAACAUCAGUGUUUCAUAAGUAAUCAUGAAUCUUGAAGACUAAUGAGUAGGAAUAUUUAAUACUUGUAUGACAGGAAUUCUUGAUGCUUUUUAUAGUAGGACACUUCUGCAUAGAAACAUAGAAAAUAGGUGCAGGAGUAGGCCACUCGGCCCUUCGAGCCUGCACCGCCAUUCAGUAUGAUGAUGGCUGAUCAUCCAACUCAGAACCCUGUACCAGCCUUCCCUCCAUACCCCCUGAUCCCUUUAGCCACAAGGGCCAUAUCUAACUCCCUCUUAAAUAUAGCCAAUGAACUGGCCUCAACUGUUUCCUGUGGCAGAGAAUUCCACAGAUUCACCACUCUCUGCGUGAAGAAGUUUUUCCUAAUCUCGGUCCUAAAGGGCUUCCCCUUUAUCCUUAAACUGUGACCCCUCGUUCUGGACUUCCCCAACAUCGGGAACAAUCUUCCUGCAUCUAGCCUGUCCAAUCCCUUUAGGAUUUUAUACGUUUCAAUCAGAUGCCCCCUCAAUCUUCUAAAUUCCAACGAGUAUAAGCCUAGUUCAUCCAGUCUUUCAUCAUAUUAAAGUCCUGCCAUCCCAGGAAUCAAUCUGGUGAACCUUCUUUGUACUCCCUCUAUGGCAAGGAUGUCUUUCCUCAGAUUAGGGGACCAAAACUGCACACAAUACUCCAGGUGUGGUCUCACCAAGGCCUUGUACAACUGCAGUAGUACCUCCCUGCUCCUGUACUCGAAUCCUCUUGCUAUAAAUGCCAGCAUACCAUUCGCCUUUUUCACCGCCUGCUGUACCUGCAU